CCUAUUAAUCCAGUUUAGUGGCAAGUGGCUUGUACCCAUGAUAAAGCAUUGAUUACUUUGAUGAAUGCCCAACCAACAACAUGACCAUGUUAGUCAAUAUACCACUAUCUCCAAUAAAGCAAAUUAAAGAAACAAAAAGAAGAGAACAAAGAAAAAGCAAACAAAAGUAAAACAGAAAAAAAAAAAAAAAAAAAACUAAGUAUUCUCCUUCUUUAUGUCUUAUCAUAUGCUCCCUUUUUCCUAUCUGAUAUAACCAAAGUGCUCUUAGUGUCAUGUAUAGUAAGAGUCUUCCGGACGACGAUAAAUUGGUGCCUGUAAGUAAUCCAAGAACUUGGGCACCAUAUAUGAGUACUAGGGACUGUUCUCAAGGAUUUUGCAGUUUAUACUGCCCACAAUGGUGUUACAUAAUUUUCCCUCCACCACCACAAUUUGAUUUCUCUGCUGAUGAUGAUUCUGGUCGUAAUUUCUCUCCUCUAGUUAUCGCGAUCAUCGGAAUUCUUGCUAGUGCUUUCCUAUUAGUAAGCUACUAUGCCAUAAUAUCAAAGUAUUGUGGGAAUUCAAGAAGAAGGGAAAAUCAUCAGGAAGAAUCAGAAUUUGAAGAGGAUCAUGACCCUUCUAAUCACGAGGCAUGGAAUGUUACCGCGGGUGGUGGUUUGGAUGAGGCAUUGAUCAAGUCUAUUACAGUGUUUAAAUACAAGAAAUGCGAUGGAUUAUUGACUGAAGGAACAAAUUGUUCUGUUUGUUUAAGUGAAUUUCAAGAAGAUGAAAGUCUUAGACUUUUGCCUAAAUGUAGCCAUGCUUUUCAUGUAAUGUGCAUUGAUACAUGGCUAAAAUCUCAUUCAAAUUGCCCGUUAUGCCGGGCUCAUAUAACUGUUUCAAAUGCUUCACCUCCUCCAUUACCUCCUCCUAUUAUGGAAGCUCCUCAAAUUGAAACAACUCCACAAAUCCAACCGGAACGUGAUAUAGAAAUGGGCAUCAGAGAAGAGGAAACACGAGACGAAGAAGAAAAAGAAGAGGAUGUAACGAACCAAAACCAUAUGAAUCAAGAAGUUAGGAGGAGAUCAGUGUCAAUGGAUUGUGUAUCUCAAGGUCAUUUAUCUAUAGCUGAUAUACUGAGAAUUGAUCAAGAUGAAUUUCAUGAUUGUGUAACGGGGGAAAAUUGUGAGUUGCAAAGGGAUGUUGGAACGUCAAAACAAGAAAAUAAUGGUGAAGAAAUGAGUAGGAGUGGGAUUAGAAACAAUGUACUAGUACAAUAUUGUGUAGCAAGUCCUAUGAUGAUGAAGAGAUCAUUAUCAAGUGGGAGAUUCUUGUUUACCAAACGGGGGAGAGGACAAAAUAUGGCCAAUCCAUUGUCAAAUGUUUGAAUAUUUUUUUGUGCUAAUUUUUUAGGAGGAUUUGUGUAUGCUAUUGAACAAAGAGUUGAUUAAACAUGAGUUUGAAAGGUA